AAAAAAAUUUUAAAAAAAAGUAGACAUCAUACAAGUUUCAAAUUUAUUGCGCGAGUAGUUUUUAUCGUAAAAUUUUUGAUCGGCUUAUUCCUUGUUUGCAACCUACUACUUCUUUGAAAAACUAGUAACUUUAUAUCCUUAGACUUUUAAAAACUAUACAAUGAGCCCUAGGAAAAAAAGAAAGAUAGUAAGCCAAAAUAAAAGGAAAAACAACACAAAAGAAGGAGCAAGUAAAAGAUUAAAGACUAAUACAAAGAAAGAAGAUGAUUUACAAGCUAUAAGAAGAGAGAACUUCGUCAGCGCUUGUAAACAAGUUUCCUUCAAAAGCUGUUCCGACCACCGCUCAAGAUUAUUGUUGAUUUACGCACCAGCUUGCAUCAAAAAUGGUGUAUGUAAACAUAAUAAUACAGGCUCACAGCAAAUGCCUGUGUAUGCUGAAGAAGCAUUUAAAAUAGAAACUAAGACUAACUUGUGGCUGGAAGCUUUGGAAGUAUGCCAGUUAUGUAUAACACCAGUACAGUACCUGUCUGCAAAUGUUUUGAAAGAAGUUGUGGAAAUUAUACUGAAUGCACAUGAUGAUGAUUUUGGUGGAUGUGCAGCAAGAGCCGUAAUAGACAAAUGCCAACAAAUACUGUUCAAUAAUUUUACAACCCACACUCCAUGCAUUUCAAAAACUAUAAGGAAAUGCUAUGAGAAAUUCUUAACAUCUCCCAUGGACCUUAGAGAAAAGACAUUCACAAAUCGUAAUGAGUUUGAAUGUAAUAAAGGCAUUGUAAAAUACUGCAUAAAUAGAUUAGAAUAUGAAAUUAGUUCUGAAAGUAAAGAUGGACCCUUCAUAGACAAAUAUAAACACAUUCCUGAGACUAUGCAAGAAUCUGUACAAGGUUUGCAUUGGCAAAAAGAGAAAUUUGAAAUAUAUGAACUGUUAAACAGAACAGAAAGAAUAGAGAGACUUAUGGCUGUAUUAGAAAGUAUUGUUGAAUUACUGCAAAUUGAUUUGGCUAUUUGGCGUUCAAAAUAUAAAAGUAACUUGGGUCUUCACAUCAUGGGAUCUCACAAACCAUUAAUUACAACCUUAUUAUGGUCAGACAAUGUUGUGUACACAGGCGCUAUAACUUACAACUGCCGCCAAAUACUUGAAAUCUUUGCAAACAUGGUCCAUUUAAAAUAUCCAGAAAAUCACAUAAAAGUAAUGAUGACUUUGUUUAAUGCAAUAGUUCAAACAUUUUAUAUAUGUGAAACAAAUUCUGAUAAGGACUAUCCGAACAUUGGACAUUAUUGCAGAAUAUUUGCAAAAGAUUUUUACAAAAUCAUUUCAGCAAAACCUCAAGAAUCUAUUAUAAGGAUAUUGGAACAUAUCCAACCAACCUUUAUGCAGUACUUAAUUGGAUUGCUGCACAUCCAGAAUCUUCUAUCUACUAAUGAAGAUUGUAUUAUUAAAAUUCUAACACACUUUUUGAAUGAAGCACUUUGGAAAAACUAUGAAGAGAGUGACAAUGAGAUACAGUUUUCAAAAAAACUAUUUAUCAAACCAAAAGAAAUUGAAAAUAAAUUGGCAUAUCUUUCCAAUAAAUGGGAUAGAUUGCUAAAAGAAAAUUAUUGUGUGGAGCUAUCAUAUCCAAAAUUGUCUCCACAUCUUGAAGAAGAUUCUGAACCUGAUAUAAAUAGUAUAGUGCAUGCUAUGUACAUUACUUUAGAGGCCUACUUAGAUGCUUACAGUGUGCAAGAUGUUCAAGAGAUAUGGGAAUCAUUGAAUGAGCAGUCUACAAAUGAUGAUGAUACUAACAGAACAUUGCAUAACAUUGAAGCUAAUGAAUACUCAGUGACAGAAGAUUUUAUUAAAAAAUAUAGGGGCAUUUACCAAAAGAAUGAAGAACUAAAGUUGACAUUUCAGGAUCUUAAGAAUCGUAGUGAACUACCAAGUGUUAUGACAGUGUUUGAAAGAAUAAGUUUAUUGGGGUUAUAGCACAGUAAGAUUUUUAUGAUUAUUAAAAGAAAAGUUGGA